AGGAGCUGUAGAGCCAGCAGCCGCGCACCCGAGCCUUCUCCUCCCCCGAAUGAUCCGCGCGCCCCCCGCCACCACACGCGCCUCAGCCAUGAAGACCAUCCUCGCCGCGUACUCCGGGGUCCUGAAAGGCACCGGCUCCAGCAUCCUCUCGGCCCUGCAGGACGUGCCGUCGGCCUUCUGGCCCUGCAGAUCCAAGAUGGAGAAGCACCUGCAGGUCAUCUCCGUGCUGCAGUGGGUCGUGUCCUUCCUAGCCCUGGGUGCCGCCUGCACGCUGCUGCUGGCCUACAUGUUCUGCACCGACUGCUGGCUGAUCGCCGCCAUGUACAUCGCCUGGCUCAUCGUGGACUGGAACACCCCGAAACAAGGUGGCCGGAGGUCCUCGUGGGUCAGAAGCUGGACGAUCUGGACGUAUUUCCGGGACUAUUUCCCCAUCAGGCUCAUUAAAACCCACGACCUGCCGCCCAGCCGGAACUACAUCUUGGGCUACCACCCGCACGGCAUCUUAUGCUUCGGCGCCUUCUGCAACUUCAGCACGGAGGCCACGGGCUUCUCCAAGAAGUUCCCCGGCAUCAAGCCGUCCCUGGCCACCCUGGCGGGGAACUUCCGCCUGCCCGUCCUUCGAGACUACCUGAUGUCUGGAGGAAUCAUCCCGGUCAAUAAGAACUCCAUCGACUACCUGCUGACGUGUAACGGGAUGGGAAACGCCGUGAUCAUCGUGGUCGGCGGAGCGGCGGAGUCCCUGCACUGCGCGCCCGGCUUCAACGCCGUCACUCUGAAGAACCGGAAGGGUUUCGUGAAGCUGGCGCUGCAGAAGGGCUCCGACCUGGUCCCGGUCUACUCCUUCGGGGAGAACGAUGCCUACAAGCAGGUGAUCUUCGAGGAGGGCACCUGGUGGCGGAACCUGCAGAAGAAGCUGCAGAAGCUCCUGGGCUUCGCCCCGUGCCUUUUCCACGGCUGCGGCCUCUUCUUCGGAAACUCCUGGGGCAUCGUCCCCUUCUGCAAACCCAUCACCACCAUAGUCGGGGAACCAAUCACGGUGCCUAAAAUCGAAGAUCCCAGCGACGAGAUGGUGGAUCUUUAUCACGCCAUGUACAUCAAGUCCCUGCAGAGCCUGUUCGACAAGUACAAGACCCGCUUCGGCCUGAAGGAGAGUGACGUCCUGUACAUCCAAUGAGAGGACAUGGGGCCGCCCCCCCUCCACCCACCUGCUGAAGCUCUGGACUGUGGCAACAACAACAACCCCCCCCCCCCCCCCCCCCCCCCCCUUCGCCCACCAGCCCCGCUGCCCGGUUUAUCUCUGGACUGGACUGCAGGCUCUACACAUGCGCUAAAGAAGCCUUUACUCACUGUGUUGUCUCAUCUCUCAGGAAACGGCAGGUCCGAGGACCUGCAGCCUUCGCCCCGCCGUGCUGAUGUGCACCAAAAAGUUAAACAGAAAAAAACCCACCCAAACGUGCCUUUGCAGUCUGCCUUCCCAGUGUCUGCUGUUUGGACUGUGCCAUCGGUGCAGAGGGGAGCGUGCUCCACCAGGCGGAGCCAAAACGAAACAUGCAGGACUUGCAGAGAAGUGCCAUGGUUCCUCUGUUUCCCCCCCGCUCGUGCGUGCAUGUAGCUUUUCUCUGAGCCGGGAUCAUGUGGGAUCCUCUUCCAAGCUGAAUGCACAAACAAUGCAACCAGAAGGUACCGCUUUAUUCCCGGGCUGCCCAGCCCAAAGGAUAAUUGAGCCAAAGACAUUCUGACGUCCCAACAUCUGCAGAUUUGUCCACUGUGAUCUCUGCAGGUUGGACUUUUGUUUGAAUUGCACAACAAGCGCGUGCCUGUGAUUGCAAGAGGCCAUGAAGUAUUAAUCGUAUUCUUUAGAGAGGAGAAAGUCCCUCUUUGAAUAUAUCUGACGCACUUUUUGUACUGCCAAUCGUCCUGUGAGGAUUUAGCUCAAGAAACAUGCCUUCAAUAUGAGAUUAUAUUCCAGAAAGUCCCAGUCGUAAUCUGGGAGGAGCCACUUCACCUGUGCAGUAAAAA